UAUGUAUAGGUUUCCUUACUUUAAAGCUCUGGAUUUAAUUGAAAAGACUGGCACAUUUAUACUCAUUAAGACAAUUUUCUACAAAGAAUACUAUAUUGUCAAUGCACAGUGGUUGUUGAGCAUUUUCCACCAACUUCAAACAUCGUCGGAACAGUGUCAAGGUUCUCUUAAAGGUCAAUACUACUUCUUGACUAAGGAUACUCCAGUCUGUAGAAAUAUGGAAAAGGCAUUUAUGACCACAUUACCUAGUCAUUUGGUACCAUAUCCUACUAGAAGAAAUUCUAACAUAUUCUGCCAAAUGGGAAUUGUAUUAGAUUUAACACCAAAUUCUUGUGUCUUCCCUCAAAGUUUACCCAAACCAGAAACUCCUUACAAAAGUUCUUUGAAUUUAAAAGAAGCUGUGUCAGCUGUUUUGACUUACUACCCAGAAAGUCCAAUAUACAUGAAUCAAUUACACAGAUUACUAUUAUACUUAAUUACUUCGGUGUACAAGAUAGGAGAUCCAUUUGGUUUUAUAAUUGAACUGAGAAGGGGAAGAGUUGUUCUUCAAGGAGGUCCUGUAGAAACUUGCAUUCUAUUUGAUGAUGAAGAGGAGGAAGAGAAGGAAGAGGGCAGUUCUAAAAAUAUAAAAGUUAUCUCAUCUACACUUGCAUGUAAACAAGCUCCAGCAUUAAUAGCUGGAUUUUUAAUUGAAAUAGCAGUAAUUAUUGAAUUUGCUUUCCAUGAAUCAUCAAUAUUUUACGAGAUACCAUUAAUUUUUAAAUUUCUCUCUUCCCUUCAUCCUUACUUUCCUUCCUUUUAUCAAGUUGAUAACUUUAACAUCUUUUACACACCCAUUGAUGCUUUAACUGAGAAAAAUGCAUCAAGGUCCCAUUUAAUUUGGAUAAUGCAUAAGCAAUAUAAUCCUACAACUGCUGACAAGAUAUACUUUACUGAAGAGAAUAAACCAGAAGAAAUGUUAACAUUUAGCAAAUUGAGUAAUGAUCUUGAUGAAGAUCCAAAAAUAAAGAAAUACAUUUGUAAAACAUUAAUGGAUCCUAUACAUUUUUAUACACUGGAGAUAAAACCAAGCAAUGUAACAAAUAGUAUUCAACUAAUAUCUGAAAAGAAUGAAGUACAAUUUCUUUUUGAUACUACAAAUCAUAAAUAUGACAUAAUUUGGAAAUAUAAAAACAAAAGUAUACAAAGGAAACUGUAUUUUGCUGAUUUAUCAAUUUUAAAAAUUCAAUUGUUAUUUAAAUAUCAUGGAAAAAAACAGCUUCAUUUUAAAGAUGAUGAAAUUGAAAUGAAAAUAUCUCUUGAUAACAUUGUUAUUGAUUGUAUAAAUGUUCCAAAACAUAAUUAUCAACUCGUUAUACAUACUAGAGAGGAUUUGGCUCAGGACAGUGAUAUUGAUUUCACUUUUGCUCCUAAAGACAACUAUAAAUUAUCACAUGAUAAAAUUAGAAUUGGACAAAAAUUUCAAAUUAUGGCAGAAAUGGAUGAUAAAAGUAUGAAGCCAACCAUUGCUACAAUAUGUGACAUUUCUCAUAGAUUGGAAAUGUUGAAAAUCAGUCACUGUUGGAUUAAACAGAAAUAUAAAUGGAUAAAGUUACAAUCAUUAACUUUACUAUUAUUAAAAAAGAAUUAUGAAAAUAUCAUAAUAGAAACAAAUAAUAGAGAAUUUAAUUGGGAAGAGUUAAUGGAAUAUUUAGACGCUGAACAAAUCCCUCAAGAGGUUGUUAAAAUAUUGAACGAACCAAAUAUGGAUAGAAUAGCACUUUCUGAAUUGGUUACUCAACAUCAUAAAGAAAAUGAAAAUUAUUACCAAGACUUUUUUAGGAAACUGGAAACCAAUUUUCUAAGAUAUUUUACCCAACCAUUUAAAGAUUUUCCAGUUAAAGUUGGUUUCCUUAUGAAGUGUCCACUGAGAGACACAUCUGUGACAUUUCUCUCAGAAAUAAUUGAAAAUAAAACUUUCAUACCCUAUGCUUUCUGUAGAAAUUUAAAUUCUACUCACAUUAUAAAAAGUUCAAAUAAACCACAAAAAUUUAUUCCAGAAUUGGAAUGUAUAUCAGCUUUAAUGCUUUGCAGUUGGAUAAAUUUUGAUAAAAUAGCAGUAAGAGUCUUGAAAAUAAAAUUAUUGAGUAAAUAA